AUGCAGGGCCUCACAGCACCGAUACUGCACUUUCUGGCCGCCAACUGGCUCCCGGUCCUCGUCGCCGUCACGGCAGCAUGGCUGGCCAGGAACCGCUUCCAAAAGGGGCUGCACAAGUACCCGGGGCCGUUCUUGGCGUCCCUGACGGACUUUUGGCGAGUGUGGGAUGUGUACAAGCAGCGCCCCGAAGUCACGCAUCGAAAGUUGCAUGAAAGGUACGGCGACGUGGUCAGGCUGGGACCCAAUGCGCUGUCCUUCUCCGACCCAAAGGCCCUCAAGGCCAUUUAUGGACUGAACAAGAACAUGGUCAAGUCCGACUUUUACAUCGUCCAACAAUCCGUCGUCAAGGGCCGCCGCCUCCCGUCCCUCUUCAGCACCGUGGACGAGUCCUUCCACGCCAAGUUCCGCCGCUGCGUCAACGCCGCCUUUGCCAUGUCGGCCCUGGUCCAGUACGAGCCGUUUGUCGACAACACCACCAAGCUCUUCCUCGACCAGACGCAGCGGCUGUUUGCCGACAAGCCCGCCGGCGACGACAGCGGCUGCGACUUUGGCCGCUGGCUGCAGUUUUAUGCCUUUGACGUCAUUGGCGAGAUCACCUACAGCAAGCGCCACGGCUUCGUCGAGAAGAACGAGGACAUUGACGGCAUCGUCUCGUACCUCUCCAAGCUGUUCCUCUACGUCGCCCCCGUCGGCCAGAUGCCGCUCCUCGACCUGCUCUUCCUCAAGAACCCGGUCUACCUCAAGCUGUCGCAGUGGGGGCUGUUCGACUCGACCUUUCCCGUGGCCAAGUUCGCCCGCGCCCGCAUGGCAGAGCGUCUCCCCGCCGGCGGCAGCAUGAACGGCGGCUUCGGCGCCGGCGCGGAUGAGAAGCCCGCGGCGGAGCCCCACCCCUCGACCAAGUCGCCCGACCUGCUGUCAAAGUUCCUCGCGGCGCAGGAGGCGAGGCCCGACUUUAUGGACGACUCGCUGGUGCAGACCAUGGCGGUGUCGAUGGCGUUUGCCGGCUCCGAGACGACGGCCAUCAGCCUCAGCGCCGUCUUCUACUACCUUCUCCGGAACCCGUCCGCCAUGGCCAGGCUGAGGCGCGAGAUCGACGACGCGGCGCGCAGGGGCGAGUUUGAAGACGGCGAGACGGGCCUGGUGACGUGGCACGAGAGCCAGCGCCUGCCGUACCUGGACGCCUGCGUCAAGGAGGCCUUCCGGGUGCACCCGGCCGCCGGUCUGCCGCUGGAGAGGAUCGUCCCCGAGGGCGGGAUGGAGAUUGCGGGGCAUUUCGUGCCCGGCGGCACGAUUGUCGGUGUUUCGGCUUGGGUUAUCCAUAACAACAAGGACAUCUUUGGUGAGGAUGUGGAUGUGUAUCGGCCCGAGAGGUGGCUGGUCGAUGAGGAGCUGGUCAAGGCUGCCGGGCCGGCUGGGCAUGAGGUUCGGGCUCGUGAGGAGCAACGCAUCAAGGAGAUGGGUGGCAUGAUGAUGCAGUUUGGAAUGGGGUCGAGGACUUGCAUCGGCAAGAACAUCAGCUUGUUGGAGAUUUACAAGCUAGUGCCCAGUUUGUUGAGGAGAUUUGACAUCGAUUUUAAAGACCCACAGCAAGAAUGGGAGCUGGUCAAUGCUUGGUUCGUCAAGCAAAACAACUUUUGGGCCAAGUUCAAGACGAGAGAGCUGGUGCAGCCGGAUGAGAAGAGCGGUGCGAUUGCACGGUGA